AGAGGGAAGCAUUCCACAAUCAAUAAGUAACUGCACAUCUUUGAAAGAAUUAUAUUUGGAUGGUAACUCAUUUGCAGGAAUCAUUCCAAGUGAGAUUGGUAAUUUGACAAACCUCCAAGUCCUUAAUCUUGGUGAGAACAUUUUGCAAGGAAUCCUUCCAAGUGAGAUUGGAAAUUUGACAAACCUCGAAAUUCUUGAUCUGAACUACAACAAUUUGCAAGGCGAAAUUCCUUCAUUUCUUUGGAAUAUGCCGUCAUUAAAACAUAUUGGCCUUGGCAUCAAUCAUUUAAAGGGUAAUUUGUCUGAAGAAAUGUGUAAUCAACUCCCUUUACUUGAAGUCUUUAGUGUUGCUGUUAAUCAAUUAGAGGGAAGCAUUCCACAAUCAAUAAGCAACUGCACAUCCUUGAAAGAAUUAUAUUUGGAUGGUAACUCAUUUACAGGUUUUAUACCCAAGGACAUAGGCAAUCUUGUUAGACUUGAAAUCAUAGAUUUGGGAUCAAAUUAUUUGAGUGGACCUAUUCCUUUCAGUAUAUUCACCAUUUCAACAUUGAAAUGGUUAGAACUUACCGAUAAUUCCCUCUCUAGCCUUCUCCCAUCAUAUUUAGGGAUUGGCCUUCCCAACUUGGAGACCUUAUGGCUGGAUAGCAAUGAACUAAGUGGACAAAUUCCAAAAAGCAUAUCAAAUGUUUCCAAGCUCAAAACGUUAGAUUUGUCAGUGAAUAAAUUAAAUGGAGCUAUACCCAAUGUCAUUGGAAAUUUAAAAAACUUGUUCAACUUAGCUUUGCAUGGGAAUGAUUUGACUGGGUUGAUUCCAGACACAAUUAGCAACUUACAUAACCUUCAACGUUUAAGUCUCAGCAACAACAAAUUACAAGGUUCCAUUAUAAAUGAACUUUGCCAACUCAAAAAUCUAAGUGAGUUGUAUCUUGACAACAACAUGUUUUCUGGAGCAAUACCAAGAUGUCUCGGGAGUCCUUCUUUGCGGAAGUUGAAUUUUAGCUUCAACAAAUUGAUGUCUCAUAUACCCUUUUCUCUUUGGAGUCUCAAAGAUAUCUUGGUUUUAGACAUAUCGUCCAAUGCAUUGAGUGGAUCAAUAUCACAAGAGUUAUCAAACUUUAGAGCAAUUAUACUAUUGAACUUGUCAAGAAAUCAACUUUCAGGAAGCAUCCCUACAACUAUGGGUAGCUUGCAAACCUUGAUAACUCUAUCUUUGGCUAACAACAAACUACAAGGGUCUAUUCCUAAGUCAUUUAGUAGCAUGAUAAGCAUAGAAUCUAUGGAUCUUUCCCAUAAUUAUUUAUCUGGUAUGAUUCCAAAGUCCUUAGAGUCAUUACUCAAUCUUAGAUACAUUAAUUUUUCCUACAAUUUGUUGGAUGGAGAAAUUCCAAGUGGUGGUCCUUUUCAAAAUUUUACUGCUCAAUCUUUUAUGAUGAAUAAAGAUCUUUGUGGAAAGUCCCAACUACAAGUCCACCCUUGUAGGAGAGGAAAUAAGCACAUGUCAAAUAAAGUGAUGCUGGUGAUAAAAUGCUCAAUGCCUAUCAUGGUUGUCAUUUUGGUUGUUAUAGGCGUUCUCUUUCUAAAACAUAACAGAGAUGAUGCUAACUAUGCAACCAAAAGGGAUUUAACAAAUUUGGAUGCGGCAGCUAGGAUAUCCUAUUAUGAGCUUCUACAGGGAACAAAUAGAUUUGAUGAGAGUAAUCUUCUUGGCUUUGGAAGUUUUGGAUCAGUAUACAAAGCAAUUCUUCCAAAUAAAAAGAUAGUUGCUGUCAAAGUAUUUAACAUAGACAUGGAAGAAGCAUUCAGAAGUUUUGAUAUUGAAUGUGUUGCCCUAUGCAAUUUACGCCACCGGAAUCUUAUUAAGAUUAUUAGUUGUUGCUCAAAUGAUGCUUUCAGGUCUCUAAUCAUGGAAUUCAUGUCAAAUGGAAGUCUUGAUAGAUGGUUGUACUCUCAUAACUACUGUUUAGAUAUCCUUGAAAGGUUGAAUAUAAUGGUUGAUGUGGCAUCUGCAUUAGAGUAUCUUCAUCAUGGUACUUCUACUCCAAUUGUUCAUUGUGACAUAAAACCAAGCAAUGUUUUGUUGGAUGAAGAUAUGGUGGCUCAUGUUAGUGAUUUUGGCAUAGCUAAACUAUUAGGUGAAGGACAAUUGGAAACUUAUACUAAAACAUUGGCUACAGUUGGCUAUAUAGCACCAGAGUAUGGAUCAAAAGGAGCGGUUUCUUUCAAAGGAGAUGUAUAUAGUUAUGGUAUCAUGCUAAUGGAGAUGUUUACAAGGAAGAAGCCAACCGAUGAAAUGUUUGUUGAAAGUCUUGGUUUGAAAGAUUGGGUUAGCAAAUCAACACCACAUUCAAUCAUCAAUAUUCUAGAUGUCAAUUUGCUACAUGAAGCAAAUCCAAAUAUCAACAAUAUAUUGCCGCAUAUGUCAUCAAUUUUUGAGUUGGCAUUAAGCUGUUGCACUGAAUUACCUGAAGCACGAAUUUUGAUGAAUGAUGUUGUGGUCUCAUUGAAAAAGAUAAGGUCAUAUUUAUGUUCAAUGUCAGAGAUGCACCACUAGUUGAAUAAUCUUUAUAUGGAAGUUUUAGUUACUGUUUCUUUUAUCCUUUGGUUUAUUUUGUCUAUGAAACAUGUCAUAUGUUAACAUGGCCAUGAUUUAUAUGUUUGUUAUAUUAAUAUGUGAAGUCACUACAUUUUUUA